UCUCUUCCCGGCUGGUGGGAGGAGAAGAAUCCUGUCAGUUUGCUCCAACAUGGCGGACACGUGUGGCCAAGUACUUCUGGGGUCUGGAUUAACGGUCCUUUCCCACCCCCUCAUGUACAUCAAAGUUCUAGUUCAGGUUGGCCAUGAACCUCUCCCUCCCUCCCUUGGAAGAAACCUGUUUGGUAGACAAGUGUACCAGCUGCCUGGAUUGUUUGCCUAUGCGAAGCACAUCAUAAAGAUUGAUGGCAAGGCAGGUCUCUUUAAUGGCCUAGCCCCCCGGCUCUGUGCAGGGACCAUCGGCACCCUCGUACACAGCAGAGUCUUGCAGAGAUGCCAGGAUGCAGGCAAAUAUGAGGUGUCUGGAACCAGUCAGAAAGCUGAAGAGGGAUCUUUACAGCAUGUUGUGAAUGAGACAACCAAAGAGAUGAUAGCCCGCUCCUGUGCCACGAUCGUCACACACCCCUUCCAUGUGAUCACCUUGAGAUGCAUGGUCCAGUUUAUCGGUAGAGAAACCAAGUACAGUGGAGUGUUUGAUUCCAUCGUCACUGUCUACAAGAAUGAAGGAGUUCUGGGAUUCUUUGCGGGCCUUAUUCCUCGUUUGCUGGGUGACGUGCUCUCUCUGUGGAUCUGCAACAUGCUUGCCCACCUCAUCAACACAUACGCCAUUGAUGACUCAAUGAGUCACACAGGAGAAAUAAAGAACUGCUCUCAGGCUGUGACUGGGUUCUUCGCCAGUAUGCUCACAUACCCCUUUGUUUUGGUGUCAAACCUCAUGGCUGUCAAUGACUGCGGGCUGGCUGGCGGUCUCCCUCCCUAUGCUUCUAUAUAUCCAACCUGGGUGGACUGCUGGAGGCACCUGAGCCUAGAGGGAAACAUGAGCAGAGGCAACAGUUUAUUUUUCCGGAAGCUGCCUGUGGGGAAGACGUAUGCAAUCGACCAGAAGAGAUUUUUUUGAAGUCUUGAACUACCUGCAUAGAAUCUAAUUGUAAUUAUAUAAAUUGACAUUGCCUGAAUGGGGGUGGAUCGCUGGCAUCUAAUCCUUUGUAUGCACUUGUUUACUAUACUUUUUUUUUUUGUUACCUGUCAUCAAGUAAAGAUAAAACUGCUUUGAUUGGAAAUGUGAAGAGCUUCCUUUUAAUAGACAUUUGUAAAACUGUACUGCAGGUUAAUUAAAUGGAGCCGUUUCACCUAAAUCCAGGAACAAACAAGAUUGCAAUAGUGCCCAGUUCCUCUUUCUGUGAUGGGAGACUGAAUCUUAUGUCACCUAUUGCCAAUAUAUACGUUUCAGAAUACUCGGUAUAUCUGGAAUGGAGGCUCUCCUUGUUGAGUUUAAGAUGAAGUUAUUGAAAAUGUGCAUGUAAUGUUUAAUUCAAAGGGAUUUGUUAUUUACGUGAUCAUGCUACAACUUCAAAGGGAUGUGUGGUAACUUUGGGCAACACUGAGCUGACAAAUGUCUAUUGCCUUGUCGAAGCAGUCAGGUGCUUGUCCAAAUAAAGAUGCUUUUUUUUUUUGGACUUCCCCAAAUGGGAACAUCUGAAAUAUAAUGCAGAGAUAUCUUUUCCAUCCAGCCAAAGGGCAAAUGUAAAGCCUUUAUUCUUUCAUGGACCAUAAACAAGCCAAAACAGGUCUCACACGAGAGAGAAGUAACAAUGUUGCACACUAACAGUACAGAGAUUGGUUCAUGUUUUGGACACAUCUGGAGAGUAUCACAUGCACCCUUCCCCUGAAGCUCAGGGCCUUAGGCGUAGUACUGCAGGUUGGCCUUUUUCUUGGCCUGUACUUCUAAGAUGCCUUCCAUGUAGUCCUCAUGAUUGAGCUCAGUUGCCCCCCUGCGAAGGGCGAUCAUACCCUGGAAGAGAAAGAAAGUUAAAUCCAUGUUUGUUCCUAAAUGAACUAGGUAUUUUUUUUAAACAAAUGGGCAAAUUAAGUCACUGAACAUUUUCACCAGGGGAAAGGAAACAACGUAACUUUAGUUAUUGGGCUGGUUCUUUCACAAAUUUGUGCAUGUUUAGUAUGACUCACCGCCUCCACACACACUGCUUUGCACUGGGCGCCAUUGAAAUCAUCAGUGCACCUGGCCAGCUCCUCGUAGUUGACAUCAGGGCUGUGGGAAGACCAGAGUUGAGCUAGAGUAUUAUAAAUCAUAACAUGCAUAUCAAUUUGGCUGAUGAAGCAUAGCGGAUUGGUCCAAACCUGACAUUCAUCUUGCGUGAGUGAAUCUGCAUGAUGCGGGCUCGUGCUUCCUCAUUGGGCAUUGGGAACUCAAUCUUACGGUCCAAACGUCCAGAACGCAGCAGUGCGGGAUCUAGGAUAUCCACCCUGUUAGUGGCAGCAAUAACCUGGCAGAAGAGGAUCAGAAAGUCAAGGCGUCAGCGUACAAUAUAGUAGUCUGGCUAACACCUAACUCAAAGUCCUCCUGACCUCAGUCUGGAAAGACGAUGUUGUCGGCACGAUACGUCGAUAACGAAGGGGGCUGUGCUUUUACCAAUCAAACACAGCCCCUGGUCGCCACCCCCUUCCAUUACAACGGUUGGAUUUUCAAAACAAUGAGAAGUCUCAUUCCUAAAACAUUUGAGUGUUUAAAAUAACCAAUCUCAGUCUUUAAAAUAAACUUUGUAUUCACACUG